AUGUCCGUUCCAGCUUUAAGACAGCCAAAAAGAUCGAAAAAGACAACGCCACCAAAGAAGUCAAUAACAUGUAGAAAACCUGAGAAGGAAUACGUUAUUUUAACUUUGAAAGAUGAUAAAAAACUUGUAGUCACUUCUGACGGUUAUCAUGGCAUAAUAAAAAUGGAGAGCAUGUAUUUAUGUGUACUCUGCGAGACAGAGAUUGAUUUAGAUGAUAAAUGUAAAGCGGAACACAAGAAUCUCGAGUCUCAUUUGAAAACUUUUGAAAAGUUUCCGCAUUUGGAAGGCUUUGUUGAAAAUCUUGUAAGGCAGUUAAACAAAAAUUCAUGCUAUUGCACAAUAUGCAAUGUGAUGGUCUCAACAAACUUCUUGAUGCGACACGUUGAAGGAGAGGCUCACAAGCAGGAGUUAGAAAGAGCUGGUAUUAGGGCUUCUGUUUACAAACCAAAAUGA